AUGCCUCGCCGAGCAGAUGAUCCCAAUCUAGCUGUCGCUCCCAAUUUCCAAUCACCCGAAUAUGCAGAAGCGCGAGCCCAAAUCACCAGUGACGCAGUCGACGACCAACAAGCGGCUACAAUUCUAGCCAAUCUCUGGCGCAUCCAAAACGACGCAGACAAGCGCAAUUGGGCGGCUAGACUAGAAGCUGAAGCACAAGAAGCAGAAGCAGAGCGCAGGGAGGCAGCCGAAGAAGAAGCCCAGCGCCAACUAACUCUGAAAGCUGAACAGGAAGCCGCUAUCCAGGAAGAGCGCAAGAAGAACAAGGCCAAAUACGCCCCGAUCAAGGACUCCGGCGAGUACUGCGAAUUAUUCUACUUCACUAACAACGGCUUGGAGGAAGCAUCCAGAUCUACCUUCACAGCGGAUGAAGACGCCCUCGUCAUGAUGCCUACCUCAGACGGUCUACACAAAUGGAUCCCCGCCAGCGCCGCCAGAGACCCCAAAGCACAAGUCAUCAAAGAUGAAAAUCUGACUUGGGAACAGUUCAAUGAAUCCGCCCCACGCAUGAUCACCCUCAUGAAGGAGAACGACUGGCCUGACGACAGAAUCAACAUGCACAUAUCCUUCUGGUCCGCGCUACAGAACCACAGAUGGCGCCACGAUUUCGAUGCCCACAAGCAGCGUGCACUGCUACUUUACCAAGCGCAGCAACGUAGACGCUGGCACCUAGCCGCAGGUAGCUCCAACAGCUGGAGCCUAGCCAAGAUCAACCAGGACCUUCUGCUCGAAGCCAGGGAAACUAUCUUCAACCAGUUUAGGACACAGCAACUAUUGGUCCAGGUGUGUUCUUUCGUUGUAUUAAUCGUUUAG